UUGAGAGACUUGGAUACAUCAUAACACGAGAGUAGAAAUUUCACCAAUUAGUGAUACAAACAAGAACUAUCUUUUCUAGCUUCUUCUCACUCCUUUUGCCUUAAGAUAUAUAUUCUUCCUAAGUUUAUAUUAUUUAUAUUUUAUACCAACCCAAAUCUCUAACAUUACAUUUCAACAGGAAAACUACAAAAAAAAACCCCUACUCUUGUGACAUUCUUGAAACACUUAACAAUGGUCGAUUUGUCACUUGGUCCCGACAAGGAGAAGAAGAAAGGAAGUAAGCAGCCAGUGUAUCGUGGAGUCCGCAUGAGGAGUUGGGGCAAAUGGGUAUCUGAGAUACGUGAGCCUAGGAAGAAGUCGAGGAUCUGGCUCGGGACUUUCCCCACGGCGGAGAUGGCCAUGCGUGCUCACGACGUGGCGGCUUUGAGUAUCAAGGGAACUUCAGCCAUUCUCAACUUCCCUGAGCUCUCAAAUUCUCUCCCUCGACCCGCUUCGCUCAGCCCUCGUGACGUCAGAGCUGCGGCCACCAAAGCGGCUCUCAUGGACUUUGGUAACUCAGCGGCGUUUUGUCACGUGAGGUCUGAGAGUGAUACGAGCGAAACGGCGUCGUUGAGUAAAGGGUCGGAGAGUGAGACUAGCGAAACGGCGUCGUUCUCUUCGUCUUCGUUCUCUGUGACGAGCGUUGAUGAGGAGAGUAUGGUCUCGGACGGUUUGGACAACAUCGUCGAGUUGCCGAGUCUUGGAACGAGUUUAGACGAGUCAAGCGAGUUUGUGUUUUUUGACUCGUUGGAGGAUUUGGUGUUCAUGCCGUCAUGGUCACUGAGUGGCACGGUAGAUGAUUUUACAUAUGACAAUGAUUCUCUGCUGAACUCAGUUUUUCAAGAAAGCUUUUCUUGGAAAUAUUUUCCCUGAAAAUUAAAUUAAAAUCGUGUUUAUUCUAUUUUUUUUUUGUUGUUGGUUUAAUUUUCAUGGGAUUCUCUAUGUUUUUUUUUAUUUGCGUGAGAUAUCUCCAAGAAAGAUGAUGAAAAUGUAAGUGUGUAUACUCUUGGGUUUAGCUGAAAUAAUGACAGCAGUGUUAGUGUUUUGAAUUUUUUUUUUU